UCUUUCGACUUCGGCUAACCAAUCAAAUUCAUAGGUUUAUGGUAGUGUUAUGGUUCUCAAAACACGCGAUGAUGCAAAUGAGACAUUCACGUUGAUCACGGCCUGAUUGUUUAAAUUCAUUCACUUAACAUGGGAAUUUGUUACAAUAUAUGUUCAAGUUGCGCUGGUGACUUUUUUGAAUGGCUCUGUCGAAUUUGGGGUUUAGCAACUGCAGUGGGUCUAUGGGGAGUUGGUGUGGAAACGUCAUAUUAUGGGCAUUACCUAGGCUUCUAUAUUUUAACAUUAGCAGUUCUUAUCACCUUGUUAGAGUCUGUGUUUGCUAUAACAUACUGUGUUGAUUUAUGUGUUAGUGUUGAUUCUCGAUGGAAAGGUUGUUGGGAUGUUGUUUUAUUGUUAGAUGAUUGGAAGAAGGGUGUAUUUUAUUUUGCUUUGUCUAUACCAUGUUUUAUACAACCUAUGGCUGUAUGGCUAGCGGUUAUAGGAGGUAUGAUGAUGAUUUUAAGCGGACUAUUUUAUGUGCUGAAAACUUUUAAAACUAUAGUAGAUAAAAAGAGAAAAACAUUAGCUCAAACACCUUCAUAUGAUAAAUUUGAUGAAAUACAGGAAGAAAUUGAUGACGACGACGAAGAUGAUCAUGUGAUCACACAGCCAGGGACCAUGACAAUCAUGGAUGACGAUAUUGGUGACCAGCAAGAAAUUCUCGAAGUCUGAAUCUACAUGAAAAUGUGUUCACCAACAUUAAUGUGAUAAUCUCAGUAGACUAGAUCUAUGUUUCAUUUACCUGUGUAGGAUCAUUUGCAUAUCUUUGCCCAGCCAUGUGUGAUAAUACCUUCCAUAGAUUUAUUAAGUGGUGUAACCACUGUUGUGCUAACCAAACCUCAUUAUUAUUCCAUCCAAAUUUUUACAGCUCCAGUCACAGACAAGUCUGCAAGUGAAAGUGACUGUAGUAUGUGCGUGAUAUGUCGUAAUUGUAUCAUAUUGAUCUGUUUAUACAAGUUGUCUUUUGCUGCAGUUGCUUGUGUGAAAUACAUAUAACAGGUUGGCCAACCCGUGUGACUGUAGGGUACUGUACACAUGGAGAAACUAUUCUAGAAAAAAUUCUAGUAACAUUUUGCCUAUAAUUUGUUAUUAGUCCCCUACUGGUGAAACUAUAUAGUCUGUCCGUCCGCAAAUCUGGAUCUUGCGAUAACUCAAGAAGUAUUCAAGCUAAGUUCAUAAAUCUUGGUAUGUGAAUAGAGCGCAUUAUGUAGAUCAUGCAGGUACAUGACCUAUGCUUCAAACACUUAGUACAUUAUCUAAACAGUGUUUACAUGAAAUGCAGUUGGGCAAAGUGUUUGAGAAAGUACAGGGAACUGAUGGCAGAAGCUUUGUUUGGAGGAAAGCACUGGUUUUGCUGUCUUCGACACCCUUUAUCUUAUGAAAAUC